AUGCUGGCAGAAAGCUUCAUAUCCAUCUUUGCCUAUAAAGGUGACCCUUUUGACUCUCGUCAAGGCCAGGUGCUGAAACCUGUUGGGCAGGAAACGUGGCAAAGCCAGUUUGCAAAUAUGGAUGAUCAUGAACAGUUCUUUAUGGAAUCCGAUCAAGCAGCAGCGGAGAAGAUGGCGGAGGUUCAUGGCGGUAACAUGGAUCUAAAAGGUCAUCAACAGAUCCCUGGUCAAGAUGUACCCAGAAACAAAAACCACAAAACACCUCUAUUCGCCCCUCAGCGUAUACCAAUUCUAGAGGAAUACUGUGGAAAAGAACUGGAUCUGUACAGAUCUUGGUCAAACCAAAGCCUUUAUCAGAAUUAUCCUGAUCUGCAUAUCGGAGGAGAUCACAUCGCUGACCAUACACGUGAUUCAGAUCGCACCGUGGGCCAGACUCACAACAAAUUGCCUGGGCCCGUGCUCAUGUCCACCGAUAUCCCCUUAGACGCUCCCUUUCCGUUACAGAAACCCAGGGUGCUAAAGUUGGGGCACGGGGACGACGUUGGGGAGAGCAGCAUGGUUCCCCACAAGGAGCGCCUUACUAACUCCUUGCUGAACAAACACAUGGAUCACGAAAUCCAGGAACUCUAUAAACAGUUUUGGGAAGAGAAGUUGACUCACUGCAAUUCCAUCACCCACUUCCUGAUGUCGAACGGCCUGACGAGCAACAUGGGUGAGACCCACCACCCGCUGUCUCAGGGACACCAACCAACGCUCUUGCACUCUCUGGCUCGCCUGGGCUUGCAGAACGCUAGCAGUGGAAACAGCAGUGAAUUUAGCACGCCAAACUUACAAAUCUCCGCCCCGCUUUGCAAGAGAAAAUGUCUCUGA